CAACCGUAUAGUAUAAUAUUGGUACGCGCGACGACGUCACCCGCGCACGUCGCCGCCGCCGUCAGACCCGUGUCUCGUCGUUCAACUCUCCGAUCGCGAAUUUGUUACCUAUUUUACUUCACUUUUCUCUGUCCGCGGGCCAGUAAGUCACACGCGACCGACUAUAAUAAUAACACGUCAUAUUUUAUAUUUCGAUAAAAUAUUAGACAUUGUUAUAAAAUAUACAUCGAUAGUAAUAAUAAUAAAAUCGCCAUCAGUCGGUUAUUAUAAGCAAUUCUGCCGCCAAGUGAAAUAUUUUUAUACCUGUGAAUGUGGUAUAUCGUACUUGCUCUGCACUUUACACGAUUUGUUUCCAAUGGGAUCGCAAUAGUCAUAGCGGUGUUGUUACUGCAGGAACCAUUAUGUUUUCGACUCAAGCCGACCAUGUGAARUCUUCCACACGUUCUUCUAGAAUCGCCCACUUGACGUAUUUGUUCUACUGCAUGUUCCAACUCACCAUUUUGGGAACAGUAGCGUCCAAAAUUGAYGGAGGAUGGGACACGGAGCCGAACACGCAGUACCAUAUACAGACGGACGAGGGGCCCGAAAGGUAUUUCAAGUAUCAAACCAUUAGUGGUCAGUACCGUAAAGAGAGACGACUACAAGAUGGAAGCGUGGUCGGAACGUACGGCUGGGUAGACGCAGACGGGUAUUUGAGGCUUAACGACUACGUAGCCGAUUCGAAGGGAUCAAAGAACGUUUAUGAAAUKAGAGUAACCAUUUACCAUUAUGCAGGUUGUAAACACUUUAAUGUAACGGAUCAACAUUAUACGAAAUAA